UCUGAAUAAAAGGUCCCAUACCUGUACCAAGUAUAGGGUAUCUGAACCUUCCAUAAUUUCAUACCGGAUCCUUAAUAUAGUGGGGCUCAACACUUUGUAAAUGUGCAGUCAGAAAAUUACUUUUAUUAUUGCGCCUGCAGUACAACGAACAAUUCAACACUUUGUAGGCUUAUUAGACUUUUUUCCAAAUGAUGAGUUCACUGCUGUGGGUACUGUUCUGGUCCCCACCAUUCGGACUACAUUAGAAAAAUCUUGCAUGUACACAAGACUAAAAUAUUAUUCAUAUUGGUUUACAGAUAUUUACACCCUUCUCGGACACGUUCGCCAUGGCUCUGCUUUCAGCUUCAGUCCUGUUGGUCCUUGCUGUGAUGGUGCAGGAGAGCUUGGGGGUUGCCAGGCCUGGGUGCCAUCUCCAUCCAUUUAAUGUCACCAUCAGCAGCGACCGUCAAGGGACCUGCCGAGGGACGCAGGUUAUCAACGCGUGUGUGGGUUAUUGUGAGUCCAGCGCUUUCCCAUCCAAGUACUCUGUGUUGGUGGCAAGUGGAUUCAAGCACAAUAUAACAUCAGCGUCUCAAUGCUGCACCAUUAGCAAAAUGCAAAAGGUCAAAGUUCAGCUGUACUGUGGUGGGUCCCGUCAUGAAGAGAUUGAGAUUGGUACAGCCCUGUCUUGCCAGUGUGACAUGUGCCGUUUGUCACGAUAUUAACACAGACACAGACACAAGCAGUCCCCUUGCAGUGAUAUAGUGGCAGUCUACUUGGCUCCCUCUUGAGAACAGACCCUCUCUUUCAUAUGUAAUAAAAGGCACAAAGCUUGCCCAGGUGCAGUAACCCAUAGCAACAUAAAAUGUAGGUAGCAUUUACUAGCCACCUGGUUAGAAACAAAUGCUUCUAAAAAAGUGACCAAGUAAAUGUCACCUGCUGAUUGGUUGAUAGAGAUAACUAGACCUGUAGCAAACUUUGUGCUAUUUAUUACAUAACCCCCAUUUAUUUAUGAGUAACAUGCUGUAACGCUAUUUAUAUUCUGAAACUUGCUGGUUUAUGAAAAUUUGAUCCUAUAUUAAGUUUAUUUAUUUAUUCUAAA